AUGCUGCGCGAAAUAAAACCUCGCAAUGCUCGGACUGCCCGCAUCGUCAAAGCACGCGAGCCUCAGCAGGUGGAAUCGAGAAAACGGGUCCUCCUCCUCCAUGGCACGAAAUGCCCGCAGCCGGUCAGCACCGUGCUGAAAACCGUUCACACUCUCACCAAGCCGGACUCUGUGAUGCUCACCAAGAAGAACGACAACAUCCACCCUUUCGAGAACUCCGAGUCGUUGGAAUUUCUGGCAGGGAAAAACGAGUGUGGCGUGGUGGUCUUUGGUACUCAUUCUAAGAAAAGACCCAACAAUAUCACCGUCCUGCGAAUAUACGAUGGCAAGCUGCUGGACAUGGUCGAGCUGCUCCUCCUGGUGCCCCCGAACGAGCAACAGUCGGAGACGAAAUUGCAGAUCGGGAUUGGGAUGAAGCCUUUGAUUCUGUUCGCAGGGUCUCAGUGGGACGACACUUCAUCGUCGGCGCAAGCUACGCUCUAUCAGUCGCUCAGAUCGAUAAUGCUGGAUCUGUUUCAAGGCGAAGAGAUAUCUUCGAUUGACGUCGCAGGCCUACAAUAUGUAUUGAUGAUUGCCGCGGGUGAGAGCGCCAGUCCUUCGGGAGAUCUGAACGAUCCGGUGAACAAACCUGUUCUUCAUCUCAGGUGGUAUCGGAUACGGACUAUGAGAUCCAACAGCCCCAAAAUUCCUCGAGUUGAGCUUGACCCCAUCGGACCCAGUUUUGACUUCCGGGUCGGGCGAUUCCAUGAGGCGGAUGCGGCGGUGAUGAGGGAUGCUUUGAAACAUGGCCGUCGGCCAAACGAAGCACGGACAAAGAAGAACAUCGAGACAGACUUGGUGGGUGACAAGAUUGGCCGGGUGCACCUGGGCAAGCAGGAUCUUUCAACCCUGCAGACACGGAAGAUGAAAGGCCUCAAGAGGAACCGUGACGACGUUGAGGACGAAGAAGAGACGGGAGACGUGGAUGGCGAGGAAGACCUUAUCAGCCAAGACGAAGACAUGGAAAACGGCGGCAUGGACGUUGACGAUUCUUCGGAAGAAGGAAGCAGUGGUCUAGGCAGCGGAGAUGACAUUAGCAUCGGCGAAGAUGACGACGAGGAGAUGAACGAUGCAAGUGACGACGAUAAUGAUAAGCCGAAACGACAGCGGACCUCCUGA